GCAGGGCAGGGGCGGUGAGUGCGCCAGAGGGGUGGCUGAGCCGCUGGUGGGUGAGAGCGGGGCCGGGAGAGCUGCCCGGGUAGGGGCGUCGCUGCCGGGACACGGGACUGGGGAGGGACCGCUCAGCUGGGUCUCGGUCAGGACCUCGAGGCCACCGGAGCUGGGGAGAAACAGGCCGGUUGAGCCCCAGCGCUGGGACCUCGUUGGCUGGGCCUCAGUGACCCGGUGUGCGGUGAAGAACCUGAUCAGUUGAGCCCUAGUGCCCGGUGAGGAACCGGCUGGUUGAGCCUUGGUGAGCCCCGGUGCCCAGUGAGGAACCGGCUAGUUGAGCCUUGGUGAGCCCCAGUGCUCUGUAGGAAGCAGCUGCUUAAGCCUUGGUGAGCCCCGGUGCCCGGUGGGGAAUUGGUUGGUUAAGCCUUGGUGAGCCCUGGUGCCCGGUGAGGAAUCCAUUGUUUAAGCCCUAGGGCAGGGAUGCUGUUGGCUGGGUUCCAGUUACCUUGGUGCAUGAUGAGGAACCCGUUCAGUUGAGCCCCGCUGCCCAGUGAAGAACUGAUUGGUUAAGCCCUGGUGCAGAGUCUCCUCCAGUUGGGCCCCGGUGCCUGUUGAGGAACCGGUUGGUUAAGCCCCAGUAUAGGGACCUUGUUGGCUGGGCCCCAGUGCCCCUGGUGUGGGAUGAAGGACCUGUUCAGUUGAGCCCAAAGUACUCAGUGAAAAAACGUUUGGUUAAGCCCUGUUGCUGGGCCCAGGUGAGGCCCAGCACCCAGUGAGUUGGGUCUUGGUGCGGGGCUUUGGUCUGUUAGGACCCCAUGGGCCCUGGUACCUGGUACCAGCCCAGUCAAUUGAGCCCUAGUGCAGAGAUGGGAUUGGUUGGGCCCCAGUGAACCCGAUGUGCGAUGAGGGGCUCGGUCAGUUGAGCCCUGGUGCAGGGUGCUGGUGAGCCCUAGUGCCCAGCGAGGAGCCUGGCCUGUUGAGCCUUCGUGCUCAGCAAAGGACCCUGGUCUGUUUGGCCCUGGUGAGCCCCAGUCCUUGGAGAUGAACCCAGUCUGUUGAGCCCUGCUGCCUAGUAAGGACCCUGCUUGGUUGAGCCCUGACAAGCCCUGGUUCCCGCUGAGGAGCCCAGUUGGUUAAGCCCUGACAAACCCCACUGUGCAACCAUUCAGGCCAUUGAGGAAAGAGCUGGCAGAGCCCCAAGGCAGCUCCCUCUGCCUGACCCUGCUAUGCCAGCCCAGGGGCCAUCAGGAGCCCAUCGGGCACUGCUGGUGCUGGCAGCCAUGCUGGGCUGGCUGCUGGCCCUACAGCUGCUGCUCGACCUGCGGGUGCUGGGGCUGCUUUGUGGGGCACUGGCCGUGCUGGGUGGGUGGCUGGGCCCCCACGCCCUCAGCAUUCCCGGCCGGCGGCUGCGGCUGGAACGCUUCAUCAGCUCCCUGCGGCCCCCACCUCACUGCCUGGCAGCGGAGGGGCAGCUGGAGAGGGAGAUCGCCAACACCAUCCGGAAAGUGGUGCGGGACUUCGUUGCCUCCUGGUACCGCACUGUCUCUAGCGAGCCAGCCUUCGAGGCUGAGGUGGAGAAGGCCAUGACGGGCCUGGCCACUGAGCUGAGGCAGCGGAUGGGCCGAGUGGACCGCCAAGCCCUGGCCCGCCGCCUCCUCCUUCUCUGUGGUCACCAUUUGCAGAGCUACCUGCAGGCCCGUGAGGCCCUGAAAGGUGACUCGGAGGGUGGCCAGGCCCUGUGGCGGGAGUACAGCCGGCUGGCAGGGCCCCACCCUGCCCUCUGCAGCCCGGCAGCUGAGGUUGCCUAUGCCCGGGCUGCUGUGGAGACACUGCUGCGAGCGCUGGUGCCUCAACCCCACUUGGAGACACGGACAGGACGCUUCGUGGUGGUGGAGCUGGUCACCUGCAAUGUGUUGCUGCCAGCCAUCAAGAAGAUGGCUGAUCCUGACUGGAUCAACCUGCUGCUCAUCGGAGCUUUCUCCAAGAAGCCCCGGAGGGAGGAGCCACCCUCUGCACCCCCGGUGCCAGAUUUCUUGCCCUUCCCAGUGCAGAUAGGCACCACCCCUGCCAUGCUGCCCGUCUCCCCAAGGGCCAUGGAGGUGCCCAGGCGAGAGGCAGGGGCUGCUGGCGAGGAGGGAGAGGACCCGGUGAGCAGGUUGUGCCAUGCAGAGGAGCGAUUGCUCUGCCCGCGAUCCCUGGGUUCCCUCUUCCCUGAGGGUUUGGAACUUGAGUCCCCUGCGCCAGAUGUAGGCAAGGAAGGCAAGGAUGCUGACCUACUGGUGCCAUCGCCCAUGGGGGAGUUCCUUGAUGAACCCCUCCAGGACACCUGCGCUGUACUGGAGGGACCAGCCGCUUCCGAGAAUGGCAUGGGGGACCUGGAGGAGGGCAUUGCCACCGGCUCAGAUGCUGGACUGCUUUCCACCUCUGCGUUUGUGCCGAGCUCCUGUCCUGACAUCCAGAUUGACCCAGCAGUUGAGAAGGAAGAGGAAAGCCCAGCUGACCUCCGAAAGUCCUCUUCACAGAGGCCCUGCAGCUUGGGCAAAGAUCUGCGCGCAGGAGAAGGCCCACCACAAAGUCCUCCAGACCUGGGGCAGACUCUGCCCUUGCUCUCAUCCUCCCCAACAGCUUCCGUCAGCACCUUCAGCUUUGAGCCGCUCAGCAGCCCCGACGGACCGGUCGUCAUCCAGAACCUGCGGAUAACGGGGACCAUCACUGCCCGAGAGCACAGCGGGACUGGCUUCCACCCCUACACCCUGUACACCGUCAAGUAUGAGACAGCCCUGGAAGGUGAGGGUGCAGGAAGUCUUCAGCAAAUGGCUUACCACACUGUGAACCGCCGGUACCGAGAGUUCCUCAACCUGCAGACCAGACUGGAGGAGAAACCGGAGCUUCGCAAGUUCCUGAAAAAUAUCAAAGGCCCGAAGAAACUGUUCCCUGAUCUCCCAUUUGGAAACAUGGACAGCGAUAAAGUGGAAGCCAGAAAGAGCCUGCUAGAAUCUUUCUUGAAGCAAUUGUGUGCAGUCCCCGAGAUUGCAAACAGUGAGGAGGUGCAGGAAUUCCUCGCCCUGAACACUGAUGCCAGGAUUGCGUUUGUCAAGAAGCCCUUCGUUGUCUCGAGGAUAGAUAAGAUCGUUGUCAAUGCUAUUGUGGACACCUUGAAGACAGCGUUCCCCAGAUCAGAGCCCCAGAGCCCCACGGAGGAUCUUAGUGAGUCUGAAGUGGAUGGGAAAUCUCAAACAGAUGGGAAGAAGGCGAACAAGUCCAGGCUGAGAUUCUCAUCCAGUAAAAUUGCUCCAGUGCUGAAUGUGAAUGAAGCCCAUGACAGGAUCGUGUACUCUAUCAGGGAGGGCAGCACUGGCUCUGGCACCCUGUCCCUGGCUGCUAUGGAGUCCUUCAUCCAGAAGCAGGAGAAGCUGCUGGAGGCAGUCCCCAGCAAAGCUCCUGAAGGCGAGGGAGGCAGAGAAGCUAAGGAAGGCUCCAUGCAGGACGGCAUGGACGGGCUGGGCACAUCGGAGCAGGGGAUGCAUCCGGACGCAGACUCUGACUCUGAGACAGCUUUGGCUGACUUGGCCCUGGACGUGCUUCAUCUGCUGCUGAUGGAUCACUGGAGCUGGCUGUGCACAGACAACAUCCAGAAGGUCUUGCACCUGCUCUUUGGGACCCUCAUUCAAAGGUGGCUGGAAGUCCAAGUGGCCAACCUGACCUGCACCCAGCGUUGGGUCCAGUACCUCCAGUUGCUACAGGAGUCCAUCUGGCCUGGAGGAGUUUUACCAGCAGUGCCUAAACCAGCCAGGACAGAGGAACAGAAGAAAGCAGCAGCAGAGCAGGCCCUGCAGAGCCUGGUGGGCAUCUUGCCUAAUGUGAUCCAAGAAAUGCUUGGAACCGGUAAAUGCUGGAUGAGCUGGAAGCUGGUACUGGAGUCCCUGGGCCAGCCUGUGAUAAACAGGCACCUGGUUUUCUGCCUGUUGGACAUUCUGCUGGAGUUCUUGGUUCUGAAGGGCUCCAGCGAUGGGCUCAAGACCGCAGCUGUCGCGCCGUCUGCCUCUACUGGCCUGGACAGAGCAGUCAUUUCAGCACAUUAACUGGGCUGGUGUAGCCAACGGUGAAGGAGAGAAGCGGCCACAGACAUGGGUUGAUUUGAUUUUCAGUGUUUACUGAACAUGUCUGGGAGCUUCUCAUAAAGAGUUUUUCCAGCCAGUGCUAAAUGAGGCUGCUUCCAGGCUUCUCUGGUUUGGCUGGGUGAUGGAUUAAACCCAGUGUCAGGAGCUGAAGAUGCUUGUUCUGCCCUAUGGCGUCUGUUCCAUUGCUGACCUGAUGGAGAGCCUGGAAUGAAGAUGCCUGGCCUCAGCUGAGCUGGACAAUCCGAGAAGGAUGUGCAGGCUGCCCACAAGCCCUGUUGUCUUGCCCCACAGUUCUGAACAUCUCUGACAUCUAAAGGCAGACGUCACCUAAGAUUUGCUUCUAUGCCCUCAGGCUCUGCCUGGCACUGGCGUGCAGAGACUUUGAUGUGACCAUGUCUUGUUGAUAGAUGUUUCUCCAGGACAGGUGAAGGGAGGACCAAAUGCCGUCCCUGUUCUCUGAGCAGCCUAUGUCUGCGCUGCACCAUCUUUUACCACAAGGAAGAUGGGGAGAGAAUGGAGCAUGGAGAUGUGGUGACAGCGCUGAAGUCAGUGUCAGGGACCCUUCCCUGAUGCCUGAAUAACUGGGAGGUCAAAAGCAGCACAGAAAUCAAAGCUGCUGUCUUGCCUUAGGGACAAAGAUAAGCUGCCUCCCACUGCCACUGUUCCAACAUGGUCUUCUUUCGGCAUCUUUUGCUGCUUGAACAGUAGGAUGCAGGCAGGGUGGGCCAUGGUCCGGGAGAAGAGAACUGACACCAGCCUAAAGAGGAAUGGUAGCUUAGCUGGACUUUAGGAUUACCUUGUAUUUUGCCUGCUGAGUCACUUUUUAGUCCCCAAGACUGUCCCCUGGAAGGCACAAGAGAAGAGGAGCUGCCCCACGUGAGAUAUGCAGCAGUAAAUCAGCUCCUGCAGAAAAGUGCUUGUCGCAGGAAGCUCCGGAAGAGGAGCAAGCGCCUCUGGGUCCGGGAGGAAUACAGGAUGCAGUCAUGGACAGCCAGCGGGCUGGACCACAGCAACGGGCUUGAGAGCAGCACUGUGGCUCUGUUGUUGAUUGCAAAGUUGUGGCGCUUUGGUUUUAUUAUGUCUGCUUUUGGAACAGCUCUGUGCACACGGCUCUAGAGAGCUCGUCCGGCCACAAUAUCCAGUGCCACUCAGCACAGAAUGGCACAUCCAUUUGGCAGCUGCUUUUCUGAGCCAUCCCAGACUUUAGUGAUUUUAUGUUGCCCGUCUGUCAGGUUUGUGACAGGGCAGAUGGACACGGAGAAUGUGCACCAACAGACCAGUUUGGUGGCCUGUUUUGAUGUGUGUCCUGGGAGAAAUAUUUUCACCAGGAUGGUGAGACAAUGAUUUGUGGUUGUACCAGACAACUGUUUGGAGUGUGUGCUUUCACAAAGGGCCCACAAAACCUGUGUUUGGCAAACUUGCUCGCCUGGUGAAGUAGCAACAUCUCCUCUGUGUUUACGUGGGAGAAGCUGGGACAGAGAGAGAUGAAAUAGUUUGACUUGCACAUGCUCUGAAGUCAGCGGCAGAGUUGGGAAAAGACCCCAGGGAUUUGGAUUGUGAGAUCUUUGUUUUUAUCUCCAGAACCCCCUUUCUUUUCUUAGAGUGAGGAAAGCACAAACCAGGGCUGCUGGAGCCCUUUCUCCUGAUCUUACUGCCUGGGCUACAAGCUCCCAUUCUCUCCUUCACAGCCCUUAGUCUAUUCUCACAGCUGAGAUGAAGCUCCCAGGGAGCUGCAUAGGAACAAGUGGCCCCUCUUGGUAUCUUUUUUUUUUAAAGGAAUACAAAAUACAAUAAAAACUUCAGCUUUUUUCUAAUGCCAGUUUUUUGCCUCAGUAUAAUUUUCAAGUUAACUAGAGCAUGUUGGUGGCAAAAGCAAAAUUCUGCAUUCAGCUGGGCUGGAAGUUUAUUUCCAUUGGACUAAGAGUAGAAAUGCUGCUUUAGUAAAACAACCCAGGAAAACAAAAAAAACCUCACUCUUUUAACUCAUUCUGUGUGUAACACUCCCAGCAAGCUCCCUCUUAGAAUCGUAGAAUCGCGUGGUUUGAAAAGACCUUUGAGAUCACUGAGUCUGACCAUACCUCUUUACUACUAAACCAGAUCCCUGAGCACCUCAUCCACCUGUCUUUUAAAUCCCUCCAGGGAUGGAGACUCCACCACCUCCCUGGGCAGCCUCUGCUGGUGCCUGAGAACCCUUUCAGGGAAGAAACUCUUCCUGAUAUCCAACCUAAACCUACCCUGGAGCAACUUAAGGCCAUUCCCUCUCAUCCUAUCACUUCUUACUUGGAAGAAGAGUCAAGCACCUGCCUCACUACACCUUCCUUUCAGGCAGUUGUAGAGAGCAAUGAGGUCUCCCCUCAGCCUCCUUUUCUUCAGGCUAAACAGCCCCAGGGCCCUCAGCUGCUCCUCCAGAAUCCUUGUUCUUCAGAUCCUUCCCCACCUCCAUUCCCCUUCUCUGGACACACUCCAGCCCUUCAUUGUCCUUCUUGGAGUGAGGGGCCCAAAACUGAACAGGAUUUGAGGUGGAGCCCCACCAGUGCUGAGUACAGGGGCACAAUCACUUCUGCUCCAGCUGACCCACUGUUUCUGAUCCAAGCCAGGAUGCCGUUGGCCACCUGGGCCACUGCUGGCUCGUGUUCAGCCGCUGUCCACCAAUAACCCCUCUUUCUGCAGGAAUUUGUGUAGAAGGCUUCAGUCGCCCCUUACUGAAGGGAAAGUGGUGGAAGCAGACAGAUCUUGAGAAAAAGUUGCAGGCUCUUGUCAUAUUGGGUACAGAGCAGCACGUGCUUCUGGUGGGAACUCACUUCUCUGGGUCCUGCUGGACGCAGUCCAGCCUGCCAUGUGCUGACUGUGUGGCACUGAGGAAAGCGUUUCAUCUCCCCUUGCCUCAGUUUCCCCCAGCACUGGCUGGAUACACUGCGAGCUCUCUGGAAGCAGGGGCUGCUUGUGUGUGUGUCUGUGUCCAACUCACUAUGCAGUGGUACAGAGCUUCAAGGCACCACCACAAGCUAAAGUAGUUGUUGUGUUGAACCAGAGCUUGGGUUUAGAUUGUUUUUGGGGGGAAGAAAGAGCCACCAUGCACUGGUUCCCUGUUGCAUUUCUUGUAUUCCAGCCCUUGUAUCAGCUACUUGUGAGUGCAGCCUUUCAAGUCAGUAGAAGAAGCGCUAUCCUGAGAACGUGUUUGUUGUUAAAUGGGGAGCAAAACCAUGCUUCCAAGUGUUUGUGUCUCGUGGUCUGACUUUCUGUACAAUAAUACUCCAUUUCAAACUUGUUUCUGUGUUGGGGUUUAAAAUUCACCUUUGCUAAGAAACUGCUUGUCAG